AUGCAUUACAGGGCAAGAUCUCUAUUGGCAGGAAACCAUUACUUGACCUUUGCAUCUCUUUAUGCAUUGUUUUGUAGUGAGUUCUCUGCCAAAGGAGAUUUGCCCGCAUUGGUUUACGUUCAUCCGGGUGUGGAGAUAUCUAUUCCUCUUUGUAUGAAUAUAGAAGGAUUCAUCUCCCCAGGACGUAUUGAAAAAUAUUUGCCUGAGAUGAAGCGAGGGUCUGUCUACAAACUCAACAACUUCUAUGGAUCCAUAAACAAGUCGGUGUUCCGGGUUUGUGAUCAUACCGCGACCGUGUCGUUCUCGUGGAAUUCAGAACUGUCGGUUCUUCUAGACUGUCAGACUCCUUUUGAUGAAGACAGUUUCCGGUUUCAUUCUUAUGAAGAAUUUCAAUCCAGCUGUUAUCUCAAAGGAGACCUCUAUGAUGUUGUUGGCCACAUGAAGUUGGUUAAUGGCCAGAGUAUCAUUGAGGCCUGUGUUCUUGACGAAGUGGAGAUAGAAAAGGCUGCAAGAGACUUCCGCAAAAAGUUUAAUUCGUACGAAAAAACACCCACCGUGUUACUGGUCACGGCCGUUAACGCACAGACUCUCGGAGGUACUCUUGCCCUCACCUCAAUGUCCUCCUCGCGUGUAUUUAUGGACUACGAUGUCCAACCUACUAUAGAUUACUUCGGCUGGUUGGGCUCUAAUCCAGCUAUUGCUGAGCAGGUUAAUGCAGAGGUGGUAACUAAACGUGAGGCAAUGACUAUAGGGGAAAUAUUCUCCUACAUCAAGCAGGAAUUUGCAAAGGAUGCUUUUUUUGAGUGCACGGCUACAAUCGAUGACGUCGUCCAUGGCUCUACUUGGUACUACAUUGCGUGCAGUGGGUGCCAUACUAAGGUUACCAAACGCCCUACUUCGAUGAUUUGUACAAACAGCAAGUGUGGGAAGAUAUCAGUUAAUGACAACAGUGACCAAGCUUUCUUUGUACUACUUGGUGAUGCUGGUCGUGAGUUGACUGGGAAGCCUGCAUCAGAAUUAGUUAGAAACUAUUUUGAGGCUAACGGAAAUCAAGAAUGUAACCAUGAGGCGCCUGUCCCGGAAGCUUUGAUCAGCACCAUCGGCCAAAGACACAAAUUUUGUGUCAAAGUGACAGAGCACAACCUAUCUGGCAAGACCCGGUCUCUUACUGUGACCAGCAGCCACAGUAUACUCGGAGGAAGACCACACUACUGCAACUUCGGAGAAAACAUUCAAAAGCCGCCUUGGUUCUGCAGAGGGGAGUAA